CGACCGGAUAUAGGAGAGUGCUUGCCAAAAUGGCGGACCCGCCAAGUAUGGAGGACGCCAAAGUUGAUAUAUCUGAAAAACAGACGUUACUUGCAGUGUUGCAAUUUCUUAAGAAACAUAACCUAAAGGAAACUGAGACUUUGCUGAAGAAAGAGGCUAAAGUCAGUGAUGAAGAGUUCAAGACAGAAGACAGUGGGCCCAGUGCUUCAGAAGUCUCUCAUGCUUUAGCAGCUUACAAGAGUGAUGACGAUCCAAGCAUCUAUGAAGAUCUGUACACUGACAUCAAAGCCUUCAUUGAUUCCUGUCUUGAUGUACAUAAGGUGGAGCUGGCUACCAUCUUGUAUCCAGUAUUUGUGCACAUGUAUCUGGAGCUUGUCUACAAUGACCAUGAACGCCUGGCAAAGCACUUCUUUGGCAAGUUCUCCCUCGACCAAGAGGAGUAUUAUAAAGAGGACUUGAUGAAGCUGUCCACUGUAUACAAGAAGGAACACAUGGCUGGCAACCAGCUGAUGGAUAACUUUAAAUCAAGCAAGUUUGUCAUCCGGAUGUCACGUGACUCCUAACACCUCAAGCGCCACCUGCAGGAGAAACAGCUCUCACGGCUUCUAAACAUCAUCCAGGAGCAUCUCUUCAUAGACGUGUUUGAUGGAAUCCCCCGCAACAAGCAGCAGAUUGAUGCAUCCAGUGGGGGCCUCCUUGGGGAGUCGGACAGGGAAGCCAACAAGGUGAAGGUGUACUACGGGCUACUGAAGGAGCCAGAUCUCAACAUCCCCCUGGAAGAGGAUGACGACACUACUGAGGGGGAGGGGGACAAGCCAAAGAAAAAGAAGCCGAAGAAAGACCCUCUAUUGAUGAAAAAAUCCAAAAAUGAUCCCAAUGCUCCAUCCAACACAAGAAUUCCACUGCCAGAACUAAAAGACAUGGAUAAGAUAGAGAAAAUCAACGCAUUCAGAGAAGCCAUGAAGAGAGUGAAAGUAGAUCGGGAGCACAUGCCAUCUGUGUGUUUCUAUACACUGCUCAACUCCUGUCAGGGCGUGACGUGCAUUGAGGUGUCGGAAGACUCCAGUCUCAUCAGUGUGGGAUUCAAUGAUUCCUUCAUCCGUGUCUGGUCCAUCACUCCUGACAGACUCCGCUCUCUCAAGUCUCCAACGGAACUCGAGAUCAUAGACAAGGAGGCUGAUGAUGUACUGGAACGUAUGAUGGACGAGCGGUCAGCGACAGAGAUCAAGACCCUCUGUGGUCACAAUGGCCCAGUGUACUCGGUCAGCUUCAGCCCAGACAAACACAACCUGGUCUCCGCCUCUGCUGAUGGAACCAUUCGUCUGUGGAGCUUACAGACGUGGACCAACCUGGUGUGUUACAAGGGCCACAACUACCCUGUCUGGGAUGUGAAGUUUAGUCCUCAUGGGCACUACUUUGUGUCGUGUGGACAUGACCGGACAGCCAGACUGUGGUCAACUGAUCACUACCAGCCUCUCAGGGUAUUUGCAGGUCAUCUCUCUGAUGUGGAUAGUAUCCAGUUUCACCCCAACUCCAACUACGUUGCCACAGGCAGCAGCGACAAGAUGGUGAGACUCUGGGAUGUGCAGAAUGGAAACUGUGUGCGAGUCAUGUCAGGACAUAAGGGAGCAGUGCAUUGCCUUUCUUUCUCUCCAGAUGGUCGUACUGUCGCUUCAUCAGGUGUGGACCAGGUGGUGAUACUGUGGGAGCUGGCUAGUGGCACCAUGCUGGCACAGAUGAAGGGGCACACGGACACUGUGUACUGUCUCUGCUUCAGUCGGGACGGGGCGAUGUUAUUUUCAGGUGGUUUGGACAAUACUGUACGAAUAUGGGACAUCAAGAAGAUCUACGAGGAGCUGGACUCUGACUCAGAUGCUAACAUUCCAAGCACAUUGCAUGUCAAUGACAGCCCUAACCUACUGAUAACCACCUACAAGACAAAGAGCACACCGGUGCUGCUCCUCCACUUCACUCGACGCAACCUGCUGCUGGGCAGUGGAGCAUUCUCCAUCACUUGAACCUGUGCACACGAGGAUCAACUGAUGUCUCAUUAUAGAGGAAGGGUCUGAUUGCUACUGUGAAUGGUCUAGGUAGAAUAUGGUCUUGUAAGAGACUCCUCCAUGGACUGGGUCAGAAUCAAUGCCUUGUUCCAUCCAGUGUCAUUAUACUCACAAUAUUACUCACUUGAUUGUCUGCUCUAGUCUGUUUUCACCGGCUACAUUGAACAACAAGUCAGCGUUGAGCAGAAAUGUCUUGAGUCAGAAUGAUCACAAAAGUGAAGGUAUCAUCACAAGAUUUGAUGCCUGAACAGUCAACUGGACAUGUGGGUCAUCCCUUGCAUAGUAAAAUGUAAGGUCUGAAGGUGUGAAUGGUUAGGCAUGUGAAGUGUUCAUGUCUCCUGUAGAUGAACUGGAAGAAUACAAGAAGAGCUCUAUGUGAGGUCUUAUUUGAAGUGUUGAUCUAGGUUGUACUUCCUGGUACAUUUUUCAACAAGGAACAUGGAAGAAUGGCUAAUGCUGCUUCACCAUCAACAAAGAUUAUUGUCAGUAGUUUGAAAAUGUCUGAAGUUCUGACAUCUCUGACAUCUGCCACUUC